GAGUGCGGAAAAUGUUUUUCAGAAAAGUCCAAUCUUUCAGCACACCAGAGAUCUCACACGGGGGAGAAGCCUUUUUCCUGUUCUGAGUGCGGGAAAUGUUUUUCAGUGAAGUCCAGUCUUUCCACACAUCAGAGAUCUCACAUGGGGGUGAAGCCUUUUUCCUGUUCUGAGUGUGGAAAAUGUUUUUCAGUGAAGUCCAGUCUUUCCAAACAUCAGAGAAUACACACGGGGGAGAAGCCUUUUUCCUGUUCUGAGUGCGGAAAAUGUUUUUCAGAAACGUCCAAUCUCUCAGCACAUCAGAGAUCUCACACGGGGGAGAAGCCUUUUUCCUGUUCUGAGUGCGGGAAAUGUUUUUCACGGAACUCAGAUCUUUCCACACAUCAGAGAUUACACACGGGGGAGAAGCCUUUUUCCUGUUCUGAGUGCGGGAAAUGUUUUGAAUAUAAGUCCCAUCUUUCCAUACAUCAGAGAUCUCACACGGGGGAGAAGCCUUUUUCCUGUCCUGAGUGCGGGAAAUGUUUUUCAGUGAAGUCCAGUCUUUCCACACAUCAGAGAUCACACACGGGGGAGAAGCCUUUUUCCUGUCCUGAGUGUGGGAAAUGUUUUUCAGAGAAGGCCAAUCUCUACAGACAUCAGAAAUCACACACGGGGGAGAAGCCUUUUUCCUGUCCUGAGUGUGGGAAAUGUUUUGCAGAGAAGUCCCAUCUUUCCACACAUCAGAGAUCUCACACGGGGGAGAAGCCGUAUUCCUGUCCUGAGUGCGGGAAAUGUUUUGCAGAUAAGUGUCAUCUUUACAGUCAUCAGAGAUCUCACACGGGGGAAAAGCCGUAUUCCUGUCCUGAGUGUGGGAAAUGUUUUUCAGAGAAGGCCAAUCUCUACAGACAUCAGAAAUCACACACGGGGGAGAAGCCUUUUUCCUGUCCUGAGUGUGGGAAAUGUUUUGCAGAGAAGUCCCAUCUUUCCACACAUCAGAGAUCUCACACGGGGGAGAAGCCGUAUUCCUGUCCUGAGUGCGGGAAAUGUUUUGCAGAUAAGUGUCAUCUUUACAGACAUCAGAGAUCUCACACGGGGGAGAAGCCUUUUUCCUGUCCUGAGUGUGGGAAAUGUUUUUUACGGAAGUCCCAUCUUUCAAAACAUCAGAGAUCUCACACGGGGGAGAAGCCAUAUUCCUGUCCUGAGUGCGGGAAAUGUUUUUCAGAUAAGUCCCAUCUUUCCACACAUCAGAGAUCUCACACGAGGGAGAAGCCGUAUUCCUGUCCUGAGUGCGGGAAAUGUUUUUCACAGAAGUCCGAUCUUUCCAAACAUCAGAGAUCUCACACGGGGGAGAUGUCUUUUUCCUGUUCUGAGUGCGGAAAAUGUUUUUCACAGAAGUCCCACCUUUCCGCACAUCAGAGAUCUCACACGGGGGAGAAGCCUUUUUCCUGUUCUGAGUGUGGGAAAUGUUUUUCACAGAAGUCCGAUCUUUCCAAACAUCAGAGAUCUCACACGGGGGAGAAGCCUUUUUCCUGUUCUGAGUGCGGAAAAUGUUUUUCAGUGAAGUCCUAUCUUUCCACACAUCAGAGAUCACACACGGGGGAGUGGCCUUUUUCCUGUCCUGAGUGCGGGAAAUGUUUUUCACAGAAGUCCAAUCUUUCCACACAUCAGAGAACUCACACGGGGGAGAAGCCUUUUUCCUGUCCUGAGUGCAGGAAAUGUUUUUCAGUGAAGUCCACUCUUUACAGACAUCAGAGAUCUCACACGAGGGAGAAG